GUCCCCUGGGCCCAAUAGCAACGCCAGCACCAGCACGGGCGGUGGCUCAGACUCCGGUGGCUCGAGCGACAGCGCAUCCUCCAGGUUCAGCGAGAUGAAGGCGGAGGGACUUCCAAUGCACGACCUUUACAAUGGCAGCUUACGCCGCUUCAGCCUGUCGGAGGAUGAUGAGGAAUCCUGUGCACAGCAAGAGCUGAGCAGCAUCGAAGCUGAAUUCGCUGCAAAUUGGGCGGAGGAACAGCCAGAUGAUCCGCCGCAGGACUCAAAGUGCGAGUCUUGGAGCUUUGAUCAAGGUGCCCGCCGCAAGGAUGAUGGCAAUGCUUUGGGUCAAUACUGGUUGCCCCUGCCGCUGCUUUUGGAAUACCUCACUGUGCCGGAGAUAAAGAGCUGGCGAGUGACCUCCUGGCAAGCCAAAGAUCCCGAGGCACUGGUUCAGCACAUUGCGGACCUGGGCAAUCUUCAAAGGCCUUCCGCCAUUCUUGACUUCCAGAACACAGCGGAUGCCUUUCAUUCAGCGGUUUCCUUUGCUAAAGUCCGCGCUUCUGCUCUCUCUCAGAUAUCUUGGUUUUGUGGCACACCUGAGCAGUACAAGGUUUUCUACUGUCAGCUGUGGACCAUGGCGCAGUCCAGCAGCAGAUUCCGCCAUUUUCCUGAGCCCGCUGCAAAGCUACUGGUUGCUGCACUUCUGCGUGACAUCCUUGAACACUGUCGCAGCCACGAUAUGGAAGUAUGCAAUGCAGGCCUAUAUGCUGCGCGCGAUUUCAUUGGCGUCUGUGCCGCCCACCUGCAGGAAGCAGCCGCAAGGGUCAUCCUCGGCCUCAUGGAGCAGAACCUGCACUCACCAGCCAGUACGUGGGGAUGGGCCCAACAGAUGAGUGCCAUUUCAUGUCUGAGCCGCGCCUGCAAUGCUCUGAACACAGUUCAGCAGCAGCGAUGCAUGGCCCUGUUGGCCUCGAUGACAGAGCACGAGGUGGACUGGCGGAGGCAGAUGACUAUCAUCUCCGAAAUCCAGGUCUUCUGGAAGGCCGUUGCUGAUCCCUGGUCUACCUAUGCAGCAACAGCUAAACAGCUGGAGCAGAUGGAGCGGUCGGUCGCGGUGCAUCCCUAUGUCCGUAGUAAGCUCGACGAGCUGCUGUGA